AUGUCCUCUCAAGUGCGUGUUCUUCUCGUCGGAAACGGCGGGCGCGAGCAUGCCAUUGCUUGGAAGCUUCUCCAAUCCCCGCGUGUUGAGCACAUUUUUGUUGUUCCUGGAAACGGUGGCACCGCAAACACGCCCAAAGUCACCAACAAUUCGACGAUCAAGCAAGAAGAUUUCCCGGCACUUGUACAAUUUGCUAAAGAAAACGGCGUGAAUCUUGUGAUUCCAGGACCAGAAGCUCCCCUGGUAGCAGGCAUUGUCGAUUACUUUGAGAAGCACGCGGGAAAUGGAAUCAAAUGCUUCGGACCAAGCGAGGCUGCUGCUAGGAUGGAGGGCAGUAAAACCUUCUCCAAGGACUUUAUGAAGAAACACAACAUUCCUACAGCUGCUUAUGAGAAUUUCUCGGACUAUGAGAAGGCCAAAGAGUAUUUGGACACAAUUUCGCACAACGUGGUCAUCAAAGCUUCGGGAUUGGCGGCUGGAAAGGGAGUGAUAAUACCACAAAGCAAGGAAGAAGCCCAUGCAGCACUAAAAGAUAUUAUGCUUGACAGGGAAUUUGGGUCUGCAGGAGAUGAGGUGGUGGUUGAGGAGUUCUUGGAGGGUGACGAACUCAGCAUACUGACCUUCAGUGACGGCACGACAAUCAAAAGUCUCCCCCCUGCACAGGACCAUAAGAGGAUAGGCGAGGGAGAUACAGGACCUAAUACAGGUGGUAUGGGUACCUACGCACCCACCAGAAUCGCUCCGCCUUCUGUGAUUGAAGCUGUACACAAGGAUAUCCUGCAACCGACUGUUGACGGCAUGAAGAGCGAUGGCUUUGAGUUCAAAGGGGUCCUAUUUACUGGUCUCAUGAUGACUAAAACAGGUCCAAAAGUGCUGGAAUACAACGUGCGAUUUGGAGACCCUGAGACACAGAGUCUUCUUGCGUUGAUGGAUAGCGAUCUUGCCGAAGCUAUGACUGCAUGCGCUGAAGGUCGAUUGGGCGAUGUAGAGGUCCGUGUCUCGAAGAAGAGUGCAGCUACAGUCGUUGUGGCUGCUGGUGGAUAUCCAGGUAGCUAUGCGAAGGGCACAGUCAUGAAGUUGGAUAAUGUACCAGAGGGUAAGGGUAGCAGGACUAUAAUGGAAAAGGUUCGAGCUAACAUGCAAACAGAUGUCGUACUGUUCCACGCCGGAACUUCUUUCUCGGACAACACACUUAAGACUUCAGGCGGAAGAGUAAUUGCAUCUACAGCUACGGCUUCGACUCUGGAGGAGGCUGUGGCCAAGGCAUAUCAAGGCGUUGAUUGCAUUCAUUUUGAUGGCAUGCAAUACAGGAAAGACAUUGCUGGACGAGCAUUGCGAAAGUAA